GUGAAAGAUGGGAUCAUGGAAUCUCUGGGGUUGGAAGGGACCUUUACAGGUCACUGAGUCCAAUCCCCCUGCAAUGAGCAGGGCCAUCUUUAACGGGAUCACUUUGCUCAGCUGAGCCUGAAUGUUUCCAGGGAUGGGGCAUCCACCACCUCUCUGGGCAACCUGUUACAGUGUUUUGCCACCCUCACCAUAAAAAAACACCUGCUGUCCUUGUGUCUAGUCUCAAUUUUCCCUCUUCUAGCCUCAAACCAUUGCCCCUUCUCCCUAGGGCUGCUGGCCCUGCUCAGAUCUCUGUCCCCGUCCCUCUGAUAAGCGCACAUUAAGUAUUGGAAGACCAGAAUCAGGUCUCCCCAGAGCCUUCUCUUCGCCAGGCUGAACAACCCCACCUCUCUCAGCCUUUUUUCAGAGCAGAGGAGUUCCAUCCCUUCGAUCUUUUUGGUGGCUUCUUUUGAUGCAGCCCAGGCCACGGUUGGCUUUCUGGCCUGCGAGCGCACAUUGCUGGUUCAUGCCCAGCUGUUCAUCCACCGGUACCCCCAAGCCCUUCCUGGCAGGGCGGCUCUCAGUCCCUGCCUCCCCCAGCCUGUAUUGAUACUGGGCAUUGCCCUGACCCUGGUGCAGGACCUUGCACCUGGCCUUCUUGAACCUCAUGAGGUUCACAUGGGCCGCUUCUCCAGCCUGUCCAGGUCCCUCUGGACAGCAGCCCAUUGCUCAGGUGCAUAGCUGCACCACUCAGCUUGGUGUCAUCUGCAAACUUGCUGAGGGUGCAAUCGACCUGUGUGACAGCCCUUGGACGGAGCUGCCCGACGGGGCGUGCUCCCCAGCCUGGGAGGGCAGCUGCCCCGGCUGUGCUCCAGCGGCUCUCCCCCUGAGCACCGUUGCUAUGCGGCCUGGGCCGGCCCUGAGGUCACAGUGGGGCUGCGAGGUGACAGUGGGGCUGUGAGGUCACGGAGCUCCACGGCGAUGCACCAGCUAUAAGUACCCACGCCUCAGCCCCCAGCCGCAACUGCACCACAUGCAGCAGCAGCGGUGACAGCAGCACAGGAUCAUGUGGCUGAAGGGAGCCAUGGCCCUCAUUCAGCACUGCCUCCUCCUCCUCCUCCUCCUGGAGGCCCUACGUGCCAGGGCUGCCUGGGCUGCACCUUGGCAAGAGCAGGAAGCAGGUAAGCACUCGGCACAUUUGCGACCUUUCACGGGCCAGCGGGCUCCUCUCCCCGAGAAGCGUGGAUGUGGCUUUUCCCUCGAGCGCUUUGGUGAGGGCUUCCCCUGUGUGUGUGAGAGCUGUGCGGGUAAGAAUGCCCCCAGGGGCCCUAUGUUGGCCCAUGUGCUCCGCAAUGGGUCUUGUUCAUGGCCUGGCUUGAAGAGCGUGUUGGAGAGCUGCCAGGUGCCGGCCAAGAGGUCACCAGGCCCCUCUGCAGCGCUGGCAAUCUCCCCGGGGUCUGGCUCCCACGCUGCUACCUGAGCCCCUUCCAGUGCCUGCGGUUCACUAAGGCACAAGCGGAUCCCAACAGGCAAUGGCAACAUUUCCCCUCUGUGCUUGCUUCUAGGUGAGAUGACUCUCCACAAUUAUCCAGCUGCCUGGCGGGAACAUGGUUUUGAGGACUUGGGGCAUCCUGGAAUGCCGUCAAAGCCUGGAGAAGACCACGAUGGAAAGAUAUAUCAAUUUUAUGAACCAGACUCAGAUGAUGUCACCGAGAGAACCACAGAGCUUUACAAUCCCCCGAGCCCCCCAACUGUUUCCAGUCCCAGAGAUCCUGGAAAGUUGUACACUAUAGGUGCAGUAGCGGCUGUUGUUUCUCUGCAAGUUACAAUUGUGUUGGGCUAUGUCGUGGUCUGGUGGCGAAGGAAGAAGAAAGCGCCCGUCGCUGGAGCUUCUAGAGUCCAGCAGGAAACCGGUGGCUCCUGCUUGUGCCCAAACAGCCAAAGCUGCAGCCCCAGCACUCCUUCGAGCUGGACCCAACGCGAGCAGACACCACUGCCAACUGGAAAAAGUGUGCACCCACCUUCUUCAUGGCCCUGGCACCCAUCCCCGGUCACCUUGCAGCAGAGGAACCAGACCAGCACUAUCCAGGCCGUGACUGAACAGCAACCACCCCUGCACCCCUCUGAGCCCAUCCCUGGCCACACUACAGCAGCAGAAACACUCCAGCAUCUGACAGCCCCAGGACCAACUGCAGCAGCUCCAGCACCCUCUGUGCCCAUUACCAACCCCCCUGCAGCAGUGGAACCAGGACAGCAUCCACCAGCUGCAGUGACCCUUGCACCCUCCAAGCCCUUCCAGACCCUCGAGCCCCCUGCCGCUCCCAAGCCCUCUGAGACCCCCAAGACCACCAUGCUUCCAAGGCCAUCUCUCCCACCACCCUGCAGGGGUUAGUUCUGAGGCUCUGGCUUAGAAGGCAGUUACUCUUGCCAACAAGGUCUAAAAGUGAUGACAGGGAGAGGGGUUUUAACGCUUCUCUCCGAGAAGCAUGAAUGAUGGUUUUUCCCUCCAGUGCUUUAGCAAGGGCUUCACCUGUUCACAUGAGAGCUCUCCCGGUAAGAAAACCCCCAGGAGCCCUAUGUUGGUUCACCCGUUCCUUGAGGAAUCCUGCACACAGCCUGGAAAGAAAGAGUGUUUGGAGAGCUGCAAGGAGCCAGCCAAGAGGUCACCAGGCCCCUCCGCUACUCAUUAAAUUUGGAGAGCACGGGAGAGUACGCAGGGUAAUAAACACACGCUUGCCUUGCUCCUACGUGCCAUCCUGGGCUUCACCCACAGGCAUCAGCAGGCAGAUGUGAGGGCCAUUUUGCUGCAGCAGGCAUCGGUGAUAGUGUCAGCAUGACAAGGCAGCACUCACAAUGAGUAUAAAGAGAAAUGUGUUACACCAAGCUUUGAGUCAGGUUUACUGCACAAGGAAUUGGUAGGGAAAAGGAGUAUUUGCUAUUUAGGCAUUAAUAUCAGCCAGAUCACAAAUUAACAGGCUGCUGCUAAGGUAGGUCUGAUUAUUCAUUUAGAUGGGCUAUUUUUGUUUUUUCCCAUGAUGGGUUCAAUUAGACAUGGUAGCCAGUUCAGCCAUAACUACAACUGCAUUUGUCAGUGAACCAAAAAAUGUACUAAAUAAAAAAGCACACAGUUUUACAAUGUCCAGUUAUAUGGACUGCACAUAGGUUAUUUUUCAGUUGCUAACACAUGACAUUAACUUCAGAAAGGUUUUUCUACCUGAGUCCAAUAUUAUUUGAAAGUCCUUGUUGAUUAUACUCAUUUUAGAAAUACUGAGCUGGUUUCUACACCUGAAGUGUAUAAUACCAGGAAUUGGUGCAAGCUGUUUGGAGCUGUUAACUGUAGUAAACUGAAAUAAUUUCUUGGGAAACUAAGACACCUGCAAGUACAUCUUAGUAUUGCCAGGUCUGACUGCUAAGAUAUGCUGGCUAAUGUUAAACUGCUUGUUAUGUUGCCUUGCCUCUUCGCAAAGCGGCGUUCGUGUAUGUGAUUCAUACACAAAAUUUUACUUUCAAGUAUGUUUACUUUAGGAUAAUUCUGCCAAAGUACUUGUUUGGAUCUGAAAUUGAUAUAUAAUCAUCUGUACAGCUGAAGCAUGUAUAAUUUAUACAUAUUUUAAACUGGUCUGUUUUUAAUUCUAAAUAUUAGUCAUUUACAGUACUGAAUAAAAAUAUUUUGGAGAAGGACAGAUUCUUAACUAUUUAAAUAUAUCAAACUGGAUAGACUGUUAAUCCUGCAAACUGGCAUUCCAGCCUGUAUCCUAAGUCUAUAAUCAAAAACUGCAGUCAUGAUGAUAUCUCAGUUGUUUCUGUCUUAUUAGAUAAAAAUAAUAAGAUAUUAAUUAAUUAUUUUUAGUAUUACUGUUACACUUAUUUAUGCAUGGU